AUGGGCAUGGGCUCUGCUCCUUGCUCCCUUCUCCUGCUCCUGCUGCUGCCGGCACAGCUGGCUCAACCUGGGGCCGGUGCCCCUUCCUCCUCGCUACAAGAAACGGGGAGUCCAGGGGAGCAGGAGGAGGACGAGGAAGAGGGGGCCAGGGUGCGGGCUGAGGCACUGCGGGCCCUCCUGCAGGUGCUGGGGCUGGAAGCUCCACCUCCGACACCUGCCCUGAAGCGGCAGCCCCCUCAGUACAUGCUGGACCUGUACCGCACCGUGGCCACUGCCGACGGGCUCACCCGCAGCCCCCAUCUCCUGCCUGGGGACACCGUGCGCAGCUUCUGGGACACCCCACCUAGCGACGAACUGCACUUCCACUUUGUCCUGUCAGCCGUGGCCCCAAGUGAGCAGAUCCUGUCUGCCCAGUUGCACCUCUUCCGACUGCCAGGCUCCCCGGCGUCCCCGACCCAAAGAGGGAGUCUGUGCCAGGUGAGCGUGUUCCAGGUGCUGGAAGAGGAAGAGGAGGAGGUGGUGGCAGCAGCAGCGGCAGGGGCUGAAUCUGGGGCAAGGCUGCGGCUGCUGGCUGUCCGGCUUGUCCCGGUGCACGGGACGGGCUGGGAGGUAUUCCCCAUCACCGAAGCCGUUCGUGCCUGGACAGAGCGGGCGGCCAGUAACCGGGGGCUGCUGGUGACCCUGCAGAGCCCCGGGGGCACCGCCUUGGAGCCCAGGCCCCUGCGUUUUGCCUCUGGACGCCAGCACCAUCACAGCAAGCGGCCCAUGCUGGUCCUCUUCACUGACAACAGCCGCCGGGCCCCGGCCCCGCCCCCCAGGUUCCCCCAAUUCCCAGCCUCCAUGUUCCCUGGCCUGAUUCCGGGUCCCAAUCACACACGCCUGGCCCGCUCCCUGAACCCCUUCCGCCCCUGCCAGCGCCUGCCCCUCUACGUGGACUUCGAAGAGAUCGGCUGGAUGGGUUGGAUCAUCUCCCCCCACGGCUACAAUGCCUACCAGUGCCGUGGGUCCUGCCCCUUCCCCCUGGGCCAGAACAUGCAGCCCACCAACCACGCCACCGUGCAGUCCAUCAUCUCGGCCCUGCGGCUGGUGCCCGCCGUGUCCAGCCCCUGCUGCGUGCCCCGCCAGCUGGCCUCCAUCAGCCUGCUCUACUUCGAUGAGGCCGAGAAUGUCGUGCUCAAGCACUACGAGGGUAUGGUGGCCCGUGAGUGUGGCUGCCAUUGAGCCACGCACGGACUCACUGCCGUCCCUUCCACCCACGGACCCUGGCCGACCUGGGCUCUGCGUGGGCAGAGAUGCCAUCCAGAGAUGCCAAGUCCACUGCCAUGGCCCCUGCCCAGGCCAUCCCACCUCGCCCCACGGGCUCUCUUCUCAGUCUGCUCCCCGUGGGCCACGAGGGUCUCAGCUCCCCCUCCCCCGGCCACCUGCCAACUCUGUGGAGGGGUCAGAGCCCACCAGAACGAGAGUACUGACCAGCUGUCUGAGGGGUGCCACUGUACUUCCCCAGCCCGCCAGAGACUCCCUAGCACGCCCCGGCCCAAAUACAAGGCUCUCCACCAACACCCCCCACACUCCCGUUAC